AUGUAUAGCGCCCGCAUACAACCGCCAAAGUCCGGUACGGAGGCGCCAUCUACCCAGAUCGACUUGGCAUUCGCAAAGGCCAGCUUAUUGCCCAAUAAGUUGAAAGAAGUCCUACGUAUCGAUACCGAAAAAGAAGCCCUAACCAAGGAUGACACUCUCGAGAAAGUGGUAACGGAACAUGAGGAUUAUUCAUCCAAGAUCCAAGAAAAGUACGCGUUCUACCUUAGAGCAAUCAAACGGCUUCAAGAAGCACUAACCGCACCCCCUAAAGCGAGCGAUGAACCAGUGGAAACAACCGCAAGUACUUCUCCCGCCACAACGAAAUCAAAUGUAAGACUACCGAAACUGCUACUGCCCACAUUCAGCGGUAGUAUCGUGGAAUGGAACACGUUCUUUGACUCUUUCAAGGCUGCAAUAGACAAUAACGUCAACCUAAGUAAAGUAGAAAAGAUGCAGUAUCUCCGAGGACAGUUAAAAGGUGAGCCGAAGCUGGCCAUAGAAGGCCUUCAACUCACGGACGCCAACUACGAUAUCGCCCUCGACAACCUGAAGGAAUGCUACGGCAGUACAGACAAGACAAAACAACAAACACAUGCAUAUCACAAGGUUACAGUAAACUAUACUAUGAUUGGUUAA